UGUAUGCGGAAGAUGACUCCUGUUUGUUUGAAAUCAGAGCAGAGCGCUGAUAACGGCAUUGAAGCAGCACCGCAAGAGCAUCACAGCUGUCCGCGACACCGUGGCCGCUGCCCGUCUUUCCACCGAACAAGCUUAGUUUCCCAUCCCGUCUUGGAAUGGAUGAAACAAGCCCCCUGGUGUCCCCUCUCCAGCAGUCUGCCGACUACAGCCGUUGCCAGAACGAAGCGACAAGUCCGCGGGGGAACUACGGAGGUAACGCCACCACACCGGGAUCUGUGGUGCGCGUGUCCGGAGGGAGUCCCGGACUCAACCGAGAAAGACAGCCCCUUCUGGAACGGGACAGGAGCAGCCAUCCCCGGGACCCACACAGAAACGAAUUCCCGGAUGACCCGGAGUUCAGGGAGAUAGUAGAGAAGGCCGAGCAAGCCAUUGAGGAGGAGAUCUUCCCUGAGCGGAUCUACCAGGGCUCCAGCGGGAGCUACUUUGUCAAAGACAGCCAAGGGAAGAUCAUCGGGGUGUUCAAACCGAAGAACGAGGAGCCGUACGGCCAGCUGAACCCCAAGUGGACCAAGUGGCUCCAGAAGCUGUGCUGCCCCUGCUGCUUCGGCAGGGACUGUCUGGUGCUGAACCAGGGCUACCUGUCUGAGGCUGGGGCCAGCCUGGUGGACCAGAGGCUGGAGCUCAACAUCGUCCCCAGGACCAGGGUAGUGUACCUGGCCAGUGACACGUUCAACUACAACGCCAUAGACAGGGUGAAGUCCAGAGGCAAAAGACUGGCCCUGGAGAAGGUGCCCAAAGUGGGCCAACGCUUCCACCGGAUAGGCCUUCCUCCGAAGGUUGGGUCCUUCCAGUUGUUCGUGGAAGGGUACAAAGAUGCAGACUAUUGGCUGAGGAGGUUUGAGGCGGAGCCCUUGCCGGAGAACACCAAUCGGCAGCUGCAGCUCCAGUUUGAGCGUCUGGUGGUCCUCGAUUACAUCAUCAGGAACACCGACAGAGGAAAUGACAACUGGCUGAUCAAGUACGACUACCCCAUAGACACCGGGGGUAACAGGGAAACAGACUGGGUGGUGGUUAAAGAGCCCAUCAUCAAACUGGCAGCCAUUGACAACGGCCUGGCCUUCCCCCUCAAACACCCUGACUCCUGGAGGGCCUACCCGUUCUACUGGGCGUGGCUGGCCCAGGCCAAGGUGCCCUUCUCCCAGGAGAUCCAGGAGAUGGUGCUGCCCAAACUCAACGACCCCAACUUCAUCAAGGACCUUGAGGAGGACCUCUACGAGCUCUUUAAGAAGGACCCAGGCUUCGACAGGGGGCAGUUCCAUAAACAGAUCUCUGUAAUGAGAGGACAGAUCCUGAACUUGACCCAGGCCAUGAAGGAGGGGAAAACACCAUUGCAGCUGGUGCAGAUGCCCCCCGUUACCGUGGAGACUGCCCGGGCCCCCCAGAGAGCCAGCUCUGAGUCUUACACACAGAGCUUCCAGAGCAGAAGACCCUUUUUCUCCUGGUGGUAGAGGAG